AUGGUGGUAGAGACUUCCAACACCGCUGCCCUGGCACAUAUCGAUCUUCAGAAAGGAUGGCCCACUCCGCGUUUGUUACCCAGAGGAUCAUUACUCGAGGCUGCCGAGGCGACACUGUCAGACCCGAAACGUGCCACAGAAGCCAUGCUCUAUGGUCCCAACAUAGGUGAUCCGGCUCUGCGUAAAGAAUGUGCCGAGUGGCUCUCUCGCCUGUAUCGAUCGCGGUCGCCACCAGCCGGGACGGUGAAUGUCGACAACAGCAGCAGCACCACCACCACGUCUGUACCUAUAUCUCCUGAGAGGAUCUGCAUCACGGCGGGCGCCUCGGGCAACCUGGCCUGUAUCAUGGCGGCUUUCUCGGACCCGGUGUAUACACGUCGAGUCUGGAUGGUCGAGCCCACAUACUUCCUCGCGUGCACCGUAUUUGAUGAUGCAGGAUUCCAGGGUCGUCUCGUCGGUGUCCCUGAAGAUGCCGACGGGAUGGAUGUGGAUCGUCUGCGAAGCAUGAUCGAGGUUGUGGAUGGUGAGGAGAAGAGCAAACAAGGUGCAUCAUGCGUAAAGGCGACCGCGAAUGGUGAGCAAGAUAUCAAACAGGAUAGAUCAUGGGCAGAUGGGACUGUGGCUGGUGUGAAAGAGAUCGAACAAGCUCCAUCGUUGGCAAGUUUUAAACGAUCACCACAAUAUCCCAAGCUCUACCGACACAUCAUUUAUCUUGUCCCGACAUUCAGCAAUCCCAGCUCCAAGACGUACCCUUUGGAGCGAAGAGAGGCUCUCGUCCGACUCGCCCGAGAAAAGGACGCGCUCCUCAUCACGGAUGACUGUUACGACUUUUUGUCAUGGAGCGUCGAGACCCGGCUGGCCCAAACAAAUGGCAGUUCUCUCGGUGCUUCUCCUACUCUUUUCCCGCCACCUACGAACGGCAGCAGCAGCAGCAGCAGCAACUCUUCCAGGACUUAUCCUCCUCCUCCCCCUCCACCGAGGCUUGUGGACGUGGAUUCUUCCUUGCCGGGCGGCAACCUCGAAUGGGGCAACGCGGUCAGUAAUGGAUCGUUUUCGAAGGUGGUCGGACCAGGUAUGAGGUGCGGGUGGGCAGAGGCGACACCAAAGUUCAUUUUGAGACUUAACCGUGUUGGCGCGACAUUGUCGGGAGGCGCUCCAGGACAGUUCUCUUCGACACUCAUUGAGCACCUUCUUCGGACGGGAGCCCUCGAGGGACACAUUCGAAACGUUCUCAUUCCUUUGUACCAGCACCGCUCCGCCAUCCUUCGACAAGCCAUCCACGAGUAUCUGGAACCGUUGGGUGUCAAGAUCGACACGGGUGCAUCGUACAAGGUCGACGGUCCCGACCGGACGGGGGAGGAGAAGGAGGAGGAGGAGGUUUUUGGGGGCUUCUUCCUCUACAUCUUGUUUCCAGAGGGCAUUCGAUCAGACGAGGUUGCCAGGAUCGCACUCGACGAGUACAACCUCCGCAUCUUAUCGUCCGGGAUGAUGGCGGUACGGGGGAGCAAGACCAGUUGUUGCUGCCGCGAGUGGGAACGUGAGCGAUUAAGCAGAGGGACGAGGUUAUGUUGGGCGUGGCACGAGGAAGAACAGCUCGUAGAAGGCGUCCAGAGAAUAGCGCGCGUGUUGAAGGAGAAAAUGAUGUGUACCGUAUCGUCGUCACCAGUCAAGUAG